AUGAGUCUAAUGAGCCGGGCUUCGAUGAAAUCUAUCCGUCUGAUUCAAAUGGCGCAUCAAAACCAAGGUCUCGAGGCAACCGUCCGGAGUUCGUCUCGGUUUUUCUCCACCGAAGCUGACGAGGCAAGCGAGGGUCAGAGGCAGGAUCCAUUUCUUCAAACCCCAUCUUCGGGUUUGGUUUAUGGGAGACUAAGUGGCAUCACAAAGCACACGGCAAAGAGUGAUAUUGUCAAUUUGCUCGAGGGUUGUAACCUGGGUCUGGAUGAUGUCAAAGUUGAAUACAGUCGAAAUUAUAUGCCAACUUCAAUAAUGGUGCAAUUCCCCUCUCGAAAUGCUUAUAAUGCUGCUCUUCGGGCAAUUAGCAGGAAUGGUCGUUUGAUUAGAUUGGAAAGGGCUGACCGAACCCAGUGGGAUAUUACUGCUCCCUUUGAUGGCAAAGCGAUUUUGCUACAAGGAAUUCCUCGCAAUGCAUUACCCGAUGAUAUUGAGCGCUUCCUUACUGGUUGUCAAUAUGAUGCAUCUUCCAUGCAGAUAUUUCUGAGGCAAACAAACCAAGGACCCAUUAGAAUGGCAGUUGUGCACUUCCCGUCCCCAGCUUUAGCUACAUACGCACAAAUUACCAAGAAUAGAGGCUUUUGUCUCAACAGUCAAAUCUCAGCGCAAGUUCUUCAGUAG